ACAUUAAAAAAUAGCUAAUAAAAAAAUUGGUAUAAAUUCGAAAAAUUUGGAAAAUAAUUCAGUUCAAGUCUCUCUUUAGCUUCAAAAUGCGUCCUGUAAUAUUGAUUUUGGCAAUGCUCUCAAUUCUAACCAUAUCGAAGAUAAGUGCGGAGGAGGACCGAAAACGUCCUGAUUGGUGUCCAGAAAUGCCAUCGACCACCAGGGAAGAUGUGGACUUCUUCGUGAAUCGAACGCUGCCUUUUCUGUACACUUGGACUGGACUAAUGGAUCCAAAUGAAUGCCCAGAGGACCAUAUAGGACUCGCGACUGCGAUAAGACUGGCUCUUAUCAAAUACAACGAAGAGCAAUAUGGACCACCGAGAGUUGUUCAAAUGCGACUUGGAAGUUCGAAUACUCGAUACUCGAACUUCUACCACUUUUUAGAGUUUCUAGGACCGAUCAUUUUAACACAAAUUCCCAAUCUGACAAUAAGAAAGUGCAUUCCUCAUGAUUAUCCCAUAUCACACCAAAUUAUGCACGUUCAUCCAUGCUUAUAAGUCUCAUUCAUCUGUUGCAUUUCAAUAUACAAGGUGAUUCAGUGAAACGGUACGAUUUGACAACGCUGCUGACGAUAAAAUAGAGGAGCCGCGGGCUUGCGACAUAAACGUUGUGAAUCUAGAGAGUGGAAAGUUUAGUUAUCAUGGAGAAGUAGUCAGGUAGACAACGCGCAUUUGCUGUGAAACUUUAUUUAAAAAAUGGUUAAAGUUUUGUGCUUGUAUAACGAGCAUUUCGUUACACUACCUUGGUUGUUCCUUCUAACAUGGCUAUUAAGACUUGGUUUAGGAACUUUGAAAGUAGUGGUUCAAUAUUACAAAAAAGAGGUGGCAGUGUCAGAACUGCUCGAACACCACGGAAUAUUGAAGCGGUGCCAAAUUCAUUACAUGCUAGUCGGUGCAGGGAUCUUCGAGGACUCGCGUGUAAUUAAUUUGGAAUCGCUUCAAUAUUCUGUGGUAUGCGAGCAGUUCUGACACUGCCAACUCUUCUUUGUGAUGUUGAACCACUACUUUCGAAGUUCCUAACAAAAGUAUUGUAACUUGAUCUUGUAAACUGGGCGGCAAAUGGUAGAGUAAACGAAGUCCUCGUUGUACACUCACAAAAUUUUCACCAUUUUUGUAAUAAGCUUUCACAGCAAAUACGCGUUUUUCACCAGACCACGUCUCCAUGAUAACUAAACUUUCCACACUCUAGAUUCAUAUCGUUUACGUUGCAAGCCCAAGGUUCCUCUAUUUUAUCGUCAGCAGCGUUGUCAAAUUGUACCGUUUUACUGAAACACACUUUAUUUCGUACUUCAAAUAAAUGAAACAAGAACUUUU